CUGAAAAAAUGUUUUGUGCUCUUAUUUUCUUUUGUUUAUGGCAUCUGGUUGAUGGCAUGAACACAGUAUCAGUGACGGAAGGAGAUUCUGUUACUCUACAGACUAAUGCUACUAAUAUAACCAAACAAAAUAUACGGAUCAUACAGUGGAGGUUUGGACCUGAAAAUACAUUUGUAGUUAUUCAGUUUAAUGAGGGGGCACCUGAUAUUGAUUAUUUUAAUGCUGAGAGAUUUAGAGACAGACUACAGAUGGACAGUCAAACUGGAUCUCUGACCAUCAGCAACAUCAGAACCACAGACUCUGGACUGUAUCAACUACAGAUGAUAAAAUACAUAGACAUUUAUUUCAAUGUUAGUGUCUAUGCCCGUCUGCCCAUUCCCGUUGUCACCAGAGACUCUUCAAACUGCUCAUCCUCAUCAUCAGGAUCAUCACAGCAGAAUUGUUCAUUGUUGUGUUCAGUGUUGAAUGUGAGUCAUGUGACUCUCUCCUGGUACAAAGGAAACGGUUUAUUGUCCAGCAUCAGUGUGUCUGAUCUCAGCAUCAGUCUCUCUCUACCUCUGGAGGUGGAGUAUCAGGAUAACAACACCUACAGCUGUGUGCUCAACAAUCCCAUCAGAAACCAGACUCAACAUCUGGACAUCAGUCAACUCUGCCAGACAUGUGGAGACUCUGUUCACUGUUGUGGUUUCACUGAAGCUGUGAUUCGAUUGGUCAUCUCUGCUGUGGUGGGCGUGGCUACUGUUGCCAUAGUGGUUUAUGACAUCAAAAGCUAAAAGAAGUGGAGAGCAUCACAAUCAGCCCCUGAAUGAUGGUCGUGAAAAACCUGGAAAUAGAGUAUUUAACAGACACUGGACAGGAAUUGGUGAAAUUUGAAUAUAGAUUUUUCAGCUGUAAAAUGUUUCAUUGAUCUUGUAUGGAGUAAAACUUACUUGCAAGUCAUACAGUAGUGAUCAAUUGGUGAGUGAAUUUUUCUUUUGAGUCUGUUCUUUUUAAUGAAUCAAUCAAAUGGUUCACACAGUGCUCUUAACGAUUCCUUAAUUGAUCUGAAUUAAAAUGAUCCUUAUCGAAUAUCCAAACGACUGCAAAAUCAUCAU